AUGUUCUUUUCUCUAUUUGGGAGAAGCUUUAGGCAUUCCGUACAAGUUGUAAAGAAAGAUGUCGAUUUUCUCAAGAAGAAUAUCGGUGCAGGCAUCAACUGGAUGAGCGAAGCUCUUGGUUUACCGGAUAUUUCGAAAAAGGUAGAUGAGUUUGUUUGGUUACUGAACCUCGAAGAUCCCCAUUAUUCCGGUGAAUUUCAGUCUCCUUCUUGGCCUCGGCCUUAUUAUCCAGGUUUUGCUUUUUCUCACUUUCUCCAUAAUCUCUAUUUUUGGCAUGAUUUACUUAACCGAACUUCACUUGCUCAUGCUCAUGCCAAUGAAGAUAACCAUAUUGCUGAUGUUGAAUCUGAUGGGUUUGAAUUGGAAAUCAGUGCUCUUCUCAUGAAACUAAGGCCAAUCAAACAGGAGUCUUUAAUUCGUGAUAACAACAAACUUAUAUUGUUGGCAUCCCUUAGUAAUUCAUUGGAGUAA